AUGAGCUGGCUAAAAAAACAUCCUUUGCCUCCUAAAAAACCCGCGCAGAAUGACGGUGAAACAAAGGACUCAGAUAACGAGUCUAUAUAUAGCAACGAAGAUGCAUCUAAUCGCGGGCAUGGCACGGACGAUACCCUAGAUGUUACUCGCAUCCUGGAGGGGCAUGGUAUUCCUUGUUGUCUGGUUGGCAUAGCUGCGCUUGUCUUCUAUGGCGCUGGAAGACUUCGGGAUGUAAGUGUUUUACUCCCCCUCACUCUUCCCGAGAAGUCUCACAAGACACAGGACUGGGAAAUCUGCGUCCCAACAGACCUUGUUCCGAAGGCAGCAGAGAUACUACAAUCCGAGCCGUAUUCAGCAAAGUAUCGCUUAGUCAAACGAUGGCCUGAUUAUGAGCCUCUCUCACUAAUCCAUACUUAUCAUCGUUUCAAAACUAAGGGAAUUUUUCAUUAUUUCUUCCUCGUUCCUUCAAUUGAUGUGCACAUUGACUGUGUACCUUCAAAUUUCACUCGCAGCCUGCGAGGACUACCGUAUCCCAAGUUAGAUGUAUGUAUUCAGAGCUAUGUGGACACAAAUGACAUGGUCGCUCUUUGUGAUAUUAUCGAUGGCACCAACGUCUCGGAAGAAUGGGGAGAAUCCAACCUUGACCUUGAAGGCACUACUGAUGUACAAUGGGCCAAAGCCAAGAAUAAAAGGGGAGAAGAGUUUGACGGGAAGCUAGCUCUCUUUGCUUGGGAUGCGCCAAAAAGCAAACGAGAGUUGUGGCAGUCAUUGGUACGGACUAAAGAGGACAGAUUGGACUGGACAAAACCAAAGGAUAUCUUUAUAACGCAGUAUCGCCUUAUCGAUGGCCCUGAUCCCUGGACGCAGUUGUCCGACAUGUUUUAG